AUGAGAAGCCAUGGCAGUUGGCGUAAAGUGCAAGAAGCUAUACGUUUCUACUCUUCGUCUUCUUCUUCAGGUCUUCUUGAAUUUCUGAACACAGAUUUUCCUUCUACAAUAAAAAUUCGAGGAAGGCGCGAAUUUGCCCGUCUCUUGCAGCUUCGUGCGUCAGAUGAUCCGUUGCUCUAUCACAAUGUUGUUCAUGGUCAGAUUAUCGUUUCGGGUUUUGAGUCAGAUACGUAUCUUAGCAAUAUUUUGAUGAACUUGUAUUCAAAAGCUGGUGGUAUAGUUUACGUACGUAAGGUGUUCGAGAAAAUAUCUGACAGAAACCUGGUAACUUGGUCUACCAUGGUUUCAGCUUGUAACCGUCAUGGGUUUUAUGAGGAGUCUUUGGUGGUUUUCUUAGAAUUCUGGAGAACCAGAAAAAAUAGUCCGAACGAGUAUAUUUUGUCGAGUUUUAUCCAAGCUUGCUCAAAAUUAGAUAGUGGUGGGCGUUCGAUGGUGUUCCAAUUGCAUUGUUUUCUUUUCAAGAGUGGGUUUGAUGGAGAUGUUUAUGUCGGUACUUCAUUGAUUGAUUUUUAUCUGAAGAAAAGCGAUAUCGAUAAUGCAAGGCUUGUGUUUGAUGCUUUACCAGAGAAAUCUACAGUGACUUGGACAACAAUGAUCAAUGGGUAUGCAAAAAUGGGAAGAAGCUAUGUGUCAUUGCAGUUAUUCUACCAGUUACUAGAGGGUAACGUUGUUCCUGAUGGUUACAUCCUUUCGACGGUUCUAAGUGCGUGUUCAAUACUUUCAUUUAUCGAAGGUGGGAAGCAGAUUCACGCACACAUCUUUAGACAUGGACAUGAGAUGGAUGCCUCACUGAUGAAUGUACUUAUAGAUUCUUAUAUGAAGUGUGGCAGAGUUACCUCUGCUCGUAAGCUAUUCAAUGGAAUGUGGAAUAAAAACAUCAUUUCGUGGACCACAAUAAUGUCUGGUUAUACGCAGAACUCUCAUCACAAAGAAGCCAUGGAAUUGUUUUCCGGAAUUUCAAAGUUUGGGUUGAAGCCAGAUAUGUAUGCUUGCUCUAGCAUACUCACAUCUUGUGCCUCACUUCUUGCACUAGAAUAUGGAAAACAUGUUCAUGCUUACGUUGUCAAAGCCAAUCUUGGCAAUGAUAGCUAUGUGACUAACAGCUUGAUCGACAUGUACUCGAAAUCUGAUUGUUUGAACGAUGCCAGAAAAGUUUUUGACCUUUUCGCCGCUGAUGAUGUGGUUUUAUAUAAUGCAAUGAUCGAAGGUUACUCGCGACUUGGGACACAAUGUGAGCUACAUGAAGCAUUGGACAUCUUUCGUGAUAUGAGGUCCCAAUUGAUUCGACCUAGCCUAUUGACUUUUGUUAGCCUUCUACGUGCAUCUGCUUCAUUAAAAAGCUUGGAACUUAGCCAGCAAAUCCAUGGAUUGAUGUUCAAAUAUGGGGUCAACUUAGAUAUUUAUGCUGGAAGUGCUUUGAUUGAUGUUUACUCAAAUUGCUACUGUCUCGAGGAUUCUAGGCUCGUGUUUGACGAAAUGAAAGAGAAGGACCUUGUUGUGUGGAACUCAAUGUUUUCACGGUAUGUUCAACAAUCAGAUAAUGAAGAAGCUCUCAUUUUGUUUUCGGAACUACAGUUAUCAAGAGAAAGACCUGACGAAUUCACUUUUGCCGACAUGGUUACAGCAGCUGGUAACUUGGCAAGCCUUCAACUGGGUCAAGAAUUCCACUGCCAGAUUAUAAAAAGAGGCUUGGAAUGUUAUUCGUAUAUUACAAAUUCUCUAGUAGAUAUGUAUUCCAAAUGUGGAAUCCCCGAAGAUGCUUAUAAGGCUUUUAAUUCAGCAGCUUCAAGAGAUGUGGUUUGUUGGAAUUCUGUUAUCUCAUCUUAUGCGCAUCACGGAGAAGGCAGAAAAGCUCUUCGGAUGCUGGAAAGAAUGAUGAAUGAAGGAAUAGAGCCUAACUACAUCACCUUUGUGGGAGUUUUAUCAGCGUGUAGUCAUGCUGGUCUCGUAGAAGAUGGAGUUGGGCAAUUUGAGAUUAUGCUCCGACUUGGAAUUGAACCAGAAACUGAACACUAUGUUUGUAUGGUAUCUCUUUUAAGCCGUGCUGGUAGAUUAAACGAAGCAAGGGAGUUAAUUGAGAAAAUGCAGACAAAACCACCUGCUAUAGUAUGGAGGAGCUUGCUGAGUGGAUGCGAAAAGACCGGUAACAUCGAGUUAGCUGAACAUGCUGCUGAAAUGGCUAUCUCGUCUGAUCCAAUGGACAGUGGAUCGUUUAUUUUGCUUUCUAAUGUUUAUGCGUCAAAGGGUAUGUGGGCUGAGGCAAAGAGGGUAAGAGAAAUAAUGAAGUUUGAUGGUGUGGUGAAAGAACCUGGACGUAGUUGGAUCGAGAUUAACAAAGAGCUUCACAUCUUUGUGUCCAAGGAUAAAUCCCACCGCAAGACGAAUCAGAUCUAUGAAGUAUUAGACGAUUUGCUCGUGCAGACCAAGGGGUUUAGUUAGCUAACCAUACAAGAAAUCAUUUUGUAUUGAGUGAUUGACUCUGUUUGGGUAAAAGACUAAUGCAGCUAGAAUUGUCGGGAAUUCAGAUGGGUUGAUCACGUAAAGAUCCGCUUUGAUCAAAUUAAGGAUGCCGAGCAACCAGGAAAACAUAAAGAGUGAAAAGCAGAAGUGGAGAAGCCUAAAAAGCAAGUGAAACAGUAAAAGUAAGACUAAGCUGAGAAAGAAAGAAGCAGCAAUGGCUAAUAUCGAGAAGAAGCUGAAGGAUAUAGUAGGAGAGAGCAAAGAGGCAGGUGAAACGAAAACCCUCAGAUUCCUCUGGUUCUUCCUCGUCCGUCGUCACUUUCGACCUCUGAUUCCG